AUGCGCAAGACGUGGUCAUUACGAUUGGCAUUAUCACUCUCAUUCCUCCAAGCAUAUCUCCGUCAUGCUGACAAGUUGACGAUCGAAGACUGUCAGGGUCGAUCAAGGUCUAUCCCCUUCAUGACCGCACCCGCAGGAAUCCGAGUCAAUAAGAUCAAGAUCCCGGCGUUUCCCUUCAGGAACCGGGCAGAGUCGAUUGUUUAUGAGCAUUUGACGGAGCAGGAGCGCGGGUGGCUUCAUUGGCACAGAAAGGAGGCGGACGAUGGUGAUCAUUGUCAGGGAGAGGCUAACAGGUCUAAAGCCAGCCGGGAACAGGAGCAGAGAGGAGGAUUGUCGGUCAAGGUGCAAAGGGAAACGGAUGUGGAACUAGACAUGAUUCAGACCGACAGGAAGAUGACUCGUAGCAAGAAGACAGGAAAGAAGGCACAGAAGGAGGACCAGUUUGCAGAGGGACUGGAUGCAGAGUGGCUCGAGUAUGUAGGCCCUGCCGAGACGGAUGCUGACAAGGCCGAAAUGACGAGCGAUAACAUGGCGGCGGUGCUUUAUUUCCACGGAGGCGGGUAUUAUACUGGAUCCAAGGAGGAGCAUCGUGUCCUCAUUGGACCUCUCGUUCGCCGCCUCGGCAAGCACGUCCGCAUCCUUACUAUCAACUAUAGGUUGGCACCACAACACCCGUUCCCGGCAGCACUGGUCGACGCAUUAUCAUGCUACAUGUGGCUUUUGUACCAAUCUGUCUCCGAAACCUUCGGACUCGCCACCGCCAACCCACAACGACCCACAGACAACUUCCAACCACGCCAAAUCGUCUUCAUGGGUGACUCUGCAGGAGGCGGUCUCGCCCUGGCACUAAGCCUUCUCCUCCGCGACCACGCCUCUCCCUCCAUCCCACAACCCGUCAAAAUCGUGACCUGGUCGCCAUGGUUGGAUCUCAGUCAGGCUUUACCGUCGUUCAAGGAGAAUGCAUUGACAGAUUGUAUUCCUUAUGAGGAUUUCACACAUUUGCAUUCGGAUGCUGUUGAUGGGAUGUUUGGGCACGUAGAGUUCCCUGAGGAAGCGCAGGAAGGUGGAAAGGUUGUGAGGCAGAGGGCGCAGGUGUAUUGUCCGGAUAGUUGCUUGAAGAUGAAGUAUGUCAGUCCGCUUUACGAGAAUGACUUUUCUGGCAUCCCCGACGUCCUUAUCGUGUGCGGAUCGGCAGAGAGGUUCGCGAACGAAUGUAUCCUAAUGGCGAAUCGACUCGAGGAACAACAACAGACUUGCAGGAUCGACAUCCACGAGGACAUGCCACACAUCUUUCCCCUGUUCCGAUUCCAUCCUUCUUCUGCCGCUGCUCUUGAUCGGACGAGUGCCUUUAUCCGUGAGGCUGUGGCUGUGGCAGUUUCUGCGGACGAUUAUACCCUUGAGGCGAGUGGCCGUAAUGGAAGGACUGGCAGGAAUAGGAGUGAUAGUGUGGUGAUUCCUAUUUCGCCCUCUUCGUCUUCGGGCUCGAGUUCUGCUUCGCUUUCUCCGUUGCCUUCUCCGUCGCCUUCGCCUAGACUCGACAUAGGAGAGUUGAUUGAUGGUGUGGAUGAGGAGGGAUACUUUCAGGACGAGAGGGGAGCUCAUAGGAUUCGAAGGGUGGGUUCUUCGUCUUCGUUGUCGUCUGCCGGAUCAAAUCCUACCUCUGCGACACUUCAACAGCAGCAACGGGAGCAGAGACAGAGGAAAAGACGAGAAUUUGACACGCAACCUGUCCAAUCCCUCAACCUCGAUCUUGCAGAAGAAUCUCACCACCAGAACUUGAAGACCAAGAAGAAGAAGAAGAGAACCGCCGUGAACGUGAUUGACCUCUCGGGCACAAGUGUGAUGAGCUACCACAAGCAGACACGGUUCGGGACUCCCUCAGAUCGAGACCGGGCACUCCAAGAAACCGAGGAGGCCGGACUUUUGGAUGGUGGAAGGAGGAGGAGGAAGAGAAACAGGUUAACGCUGCAGGAUGUAGUAACAGAUGCGACGGUGUAUGAGUGGGAGGUACUGUUGAGGCAGGGGUACAUCCCUACCCGGCACUGGCCCCUUCCUCCUACUGGCGGUGGGCGUAGUAGUGUGCAGGCGCGUCGUCGUCGUGUUUAG